GUCGGACCAUAUACCUUACUCAUCCUCUCUAGCUGCGGAGUUGGCACCUUUCUUCGGAAACGUCGAAUAAUCAGGCCUACAUGCGGAAUACCCAGAAGAGGCACUCGCCGGGGAGAUCAUGACCAACAACCGAUCGACAUAGGUAUAGUCCUCGACUUACCCCAGCUUUUUACCCCACAAACUUUUCCUCCACAUUCCUUUCGGGGCCCCGACCUAGGCUGCGAGGGGCCGAAAAACGGCAAUAAGAACGCAGCUACAGAACCGAAAUUUCAUUUCCUGCUGCUAUUUAUCUACCUAGUAGGAUCAUGAAUUGAUUCCUUAAGUUUGCUUGAGCUCCCCUUUUCACCAUGGCGGAGAAGGAAGCGUCGGUCUCGCUCCACGAGAACGAGAAGCUCGACAACGACACGCCGUCCGCUUCGGAAGAGGGCGGCGGCGGCGGCACCGCCCACGACUCGAAGCUCGAGAGGCGAGUCCUCCGCAAGGUCGACAUCCGGCUCCUCCCCAUCCUCGGCGCGCUGUACACCAUCGCCAUGAUAGACCGGAGCAACAUAUCCGUCGCGCGCAUCUCGGGGCUCGACGAGGACGUCGGGCUCGCCGUGGGCAACCGCGCCUCCGUCGCCCUGCUCGUCUUCUUCAUCGGGUACAUGCUCUUCGAGCUGCCGAGCAACAUGAUCAUCCACCGCGUCGGCGCCGCCAACUGGAUCUCGCUCAUCGUCUUCGCCUGGGGCCUCGUCUCCAUGGGCAUCGGCUUCCUGGACAACUGGGUCGCCCUCGCCGUCCUGCGCUCCUUCCUCGGCGUCUUCGAGGCCGGGUUUUACCCCGGCUGCGUCUACCUGAUCUCGUCUUGGUACAAGAGGUACGAGGUCCAGAAGAGGCUGGCGACCUUCUUCAUGACGGGAUCCGCGCUCUCGGCCUUCGCCAAUAUCCUGGCUCUCGGCCUGAUACAGAUCUCCAAGGUGCACCCGAGCUACAAGGGCUGGCGGUGGAUUUACAUCAUCGAAGGCGUCAUGACCUGUGUCGCCGCCAUAAUUGCCUGGUUCGUCAUCGUCGACUUCCCCGACUCGGACCGCAACACCUUUCUCUCUGAUGAAGAAAGUGCCUUUGUGAAGGCGCGCCUUGCGGAGGACCGCGGGUCAGAGGAGCGCGAGAAGGUCACUUGGGCCGUCUUCGUCGAGACGGCUACGGAUUGGAAGGUCUGGUCCUUCGCGCUUAUGUACUCAGCCGGCGCCGUAGGCGUUUACGCCUUUCUCUUCUUCCUGCCCAUCAUCCUACGCAACGGAAUGGGAUACUCGCAAGAUCUUGCGUUCGUGCUGUCGGCGCCACCGGCUCUAUUCUCAGUCGUGGAGGGUAUGUUUGUCUCGUGGCUAGCUGAUAAGAUGCGCCUGCGAGGGCCGUUUGUCAUCGUCCAGGGCUUAGUCGCUAUUGUUGGUUUAUGCAUGACGGGAUUCGUCAAUAAUCCUGUGGCAAGAUAUGUUGGUACCUUCUUAGGGGAAGCCGGCGUCAAUGGGCUUGUGGUCACCACUCUAGCGUGGCAAGCUAACAAUCUCCGCGGCGAUGCUAAGCGUGCCUGUGCCACUGCUUUUAUGAUCGCGGUCAGUGGUAUCGGUGGCAUUUACUCAUCUUUAGUCUUCCGCCAACAGGAUGCGCCUGAUUAUAUCCCCGGGAUAAUAGCUGUGAUGGCUAUCUGUAUAGCUGCUGUCGUUGCCGCCUGUUUCUCUAUCGUGCUUCUAAAAUGGGAAAAUAAGCGCGCAGACAAAGGGAAAAAGAUUAUUGAUGGACUUGCUGAUUUCCGCUGGACUAUAUAGGAGGCAUUACUUAGAUUAUGUCUUAUGACCAAUUAUUAGCGUGAUCAUCAAGAGAUAUUCCAAUACAUAACGUACAAGAA